AUGUCGUUGAGACCAGGUUACCCAAAGACGGAGGAGAGCGCGGCGAAAGCCAUGGAAGACGACGAAGAGGAGGACUACAUGUCAAUGGCAAUCAUCGAGCCAGCAACCAGCGGAGCGAAAGAAACCUUUGCCCAGAAGCGUUUGCGCAAACAGAGAGAGUCCGAAGCCAAAGCCCGUGUGCCUUCAAAAGCUGAACUCGCCGCUGCAGAUGCCGCCCGUCGCGAUGCGGCACUUGCGACAAGCGCCCUCGACCCCUCCAACAAAGGCUACCAGAUGAUGGCUCGACUGGGAUACAAACCCGGCACCGCACUGGGCAAAGAUUACACCACACAACAUCCAUCAGGCCGUGAUGAAUGGAAUCGCCCCAUCAUCGAGCCGUUGAAAAUACAUAUGAAAGAAGACAGGGGCGGUAUCGGUAUGGAUACCGAGAAAAAGAGAAAGUUUAUGCAGGAAGUUAGCGAGGAAGCGAAGAAGGUGAAAACUGAGCAGGUCGAUUUUCGGGAGCGAGUUAGGCUUGAGAGGGAAGAGCGAAGGGCAGAGGCCCAGUUCCGUGCUGCACAAAAGGUGGCAGAGAGAUUGGACACGGCGGCCGAAGAGGAAGAUUCUGGCCGAGAACCUGUGCCGAUUGCGCAAACAAAUGAAAAAGCCACUGACGAGACCACAGAUGCUCAUGAUGUCAAGGAAAAGAGGAAGAAGAACCGCCCGCCGAAGCGUAUGUCACAGAUUAACGUACUAUACCGUGGUCUUGUUCGGGCGCGCGAAGAAAAGGUCCUUGAAGACCAAGCGCAACGGCGGCGAUAUGACUCCCUUUCAUCGCGGGAUGACAGUUUCUUUUCUCGAAAUAUGUCUGGGCUCCCUACUUACAAUGAUACUGAUCUUGAUGUAGAUGACAAGCUCGCCCUUAGCCGAAAUGCAGCAGGCGAGAUUGUGGAGACUGAGUGUGACCUUGAAGAAGAUGAAGAACUCGAGGAGUUCAAUGCUCUGGUCCCUCAGGAGAGGCUCAACCGCAUUGUGGUAUAUUUGCGCGAGAAGCACAAUUACUGCUUCUGGUGCAAGUACCAGUACGAAACGCCAGAGAUGAGCGGCUGUCCUGGCUUAACAGAGGAGGAUCAUGAUUGA